GGCCUGCGGAACAGGGUGGGAACUUAGCUCAACGCCCAAGGUCUCUCCGCCGAGCUUGCACUGCUGCCCACAGUGCCACUGAGGUCUAUUGCAGAGAGGUGACAGAAUCACAUUUUAGAAGCUACAGAGGAGUCCUAAAUGGACUGACUGGAGCCCUGGAGAAGGACAAAAUCGCUCAGGAGAGACUAUAAGAUCUCCACCCCACCCCAAGUCACAUUAAAAUUCAGUUUAAAGUUAUAUCACUGCAAGACUUUGGCUCCUGAUAGUUCCCAGUGAUGACUACUAUUUAGUAAAUACUUAACUGUGUGUCAAAACCUUCUUCAAGUGCUUGCUCUGCAUCCGACUCUGGCGGUAUUCCUGUAAGGCACAAUGUGGACAUUCUCAGCCUUAAGAUGUGGAAAUUAGCCAGAGCUCACAGCAUGCCGUGGAGGUUGCUGACAGGAUACCAACUCUGCAGACUGUGUCUUCUCAGAAAGCCGCCACCAGCUCUGAAAAUCAAACCCUCUUCAGCAUGUGUCACCUACGGAACGGACAGCCAGUCAGAUAAAGAAAACAAGAGAACGGUGGAAAAGCUCUGUGCAUGUUCCGUUGACAUUAGAAAAAUCCGCAGGCUGAAAGGAUGGGUGCUUCUAGAGGAGGAAACCUACGUUGAAGAGAUUGCAAAUAUUUUGAAAGAACUAGGUGCCAACAAAACUGUGAUUGCCAGUAUAUUAGAACGCUGUCCGGAAGCGAUUAUCUGCAGUCCCACUGCUGUUAACACCAAAAGGAAACUCUGGCAGAUGGUCUGCAAAAACGAGGCAGAGUUAGUGCAGUUAAUAGAGCAGUUUCCAGAAUCGUUCUUUACUGUCAAGGACCAGGAGAACCAGAAGCUAAAUGUUCAGUUCUUUCAAGAGCUGGGACUCAAGAAUGUGGUGAUUAGCAGGUUUCUGACAACAGCCUCUAGCAUUUUCCAUAAUCCUGUAGAGAACAAUAAACAAAUGAUAGGGGUUCUCCAGGAGAGCUACCUAAACUUAGGUGGAUCUGAGGCCAAUGCUAAAGUGUGGCUACUAAAAUUAUUAAGCCAAAAUCCAUUCAUUGUGUUAAAUUCUCCUACAGCUGUAGAUGAAAUACUGAAAUUUCUUCAAGGACAAGGCUUCACAGACUCUGAAGUUCUUCAGCUUCUGUCCAAACUUAAAGGGUUUCUUUUUCAACUUCAGCCAGGAAGUAUCCAGAACAGUAUUUCCUUCACUAAAGCUACUUUUGAGUGUACAGACUCUGACCUACGACAGUUAGUUGUGAAAUGCCCAGCCCUUCUAUGUUAUCCUGCUUCUGUCCUAGAAGAGAGAACCCAGGCACUGCUGAAAGAAGGCAUCUCCAUAGCUCAAAUAAGAGAGUCACCAAUGGUCCUGGAAUUGACGCCACAGAUAAUUCAAUAUAGGAUAAGAAAGCUGAAUUCUUUAGGCUACGGAAUAAAGGAUGGACAUCUAGCAAGUCUAAAUGGAACAAAAAAGGAGUUUGAGGCUAACUUUAGCAAAAUGCAAGCCAAACAAGGAAGGCCAUUAUUUAACCCUGUGGCAUCAUUAAAGGUUGAAGAGUGACAGGGCAAAGUGACCAAUUCACAAUGACUUAGCAAUUCAGCUUAUAAGCACUAAUGAUUCUCAGGGCCUACUGAGAUUCUGAGUUGUGUUCAAGUUGCCUCUUAACUGGUAGUUUCUGACUCAUUUGCUGUGUUUUAAAAUGUAAAUUGUGCUUAAAUAAAACCAGUAACUUUGA